GGAGAAGAAGCAAAGAGGGGAAGAGGAGCUGCUUAUGCUGCUUCUGGGCUUGCAGGUUAUUUGAAAAAGCAGAGCCGGAGGGGGAGAAGCUGAGUUUCUUCCUCUCUCUUGAAUGAGCUCCGUUGUCUGGAACGAACCUCGGCGGAAAAAGACGACCUGAGAUCCUCGAGAUUAAUUAUUUACACCGAUCGAAGAAAAAUAAACUCCACAGUUGAUGUGCAGCCCGUGAGACCAGCUUAUCUCUUAAGCCCUGUCUAUGGUCUGACGAGCACGCCAUCAUGGACUCUUCUGAUUUGGUUGAGCCCUCCCGUCUCGAUCCCACCCAUGCUCGCAAAGAUACCUCCUCGCAUCGAUCUUCGACCGGAUUGGGACGGACGUCGCCUUCUUCGAGCACACGACGCCAAUCCGCAUCGCCACAGAAUUACAUGCAGCCCUCCUACGGCCAGGACCAGGCAAACCCGGUCAACGAAGGAACUCCGAUUGUACGUGAUGAUGCAGAGUCUAGACGACGGAAUUACCAGUCUACGGAAAACCUGAGGAAUCGACAGUCGGGAGACAGCCAGGCAAAGAGCUCGACACAACCGGAGGAAGGCGAGGGGCAUAACAACCAAAAUAACGAUUCUCGAUCGAGUAGAGAACCUCAAUCAUCGUGGUAUAAAAGGAUCGCAGAUCGAUAUGGCAGUCUGGAAUUGGAAAACAAAGGCAGUGUUGCUCGAGAUCAUCUGGCCCUAGAACGAACAUUUCUGGCUUGGUUGCGAACAUCGUUGGCCUUUGCUUCUAUUGGAAUCGCGGUUACCCAACUCUUCCGCUUGAAUAGCUCUUCUGCGACCACGAAUCCUAGGAGCUUCGAGGACUCGUCGCAGUCAUUCCCUCCUCUUUUAGAGUCUCCAUAUUAUGAUGUCUCGGCGGCUCAGAUCACAGUCAACGGCCAACGCCUUCGAAGCAUUGGUAAACCAUUAGGUACAACCUUCAUCGGGGUUGCGCUCGUCAUCCUCAUCGUCGGGUUUCAUCGUUACUUUGAAAGUCAAUACUGGAUCGUUCGGGGCAAAUUCCCGGCGAGUCGAGGAAGCGUUGCUUUGAUAUCUAUCAUUGCUUCUGCUCUGAUCAUCGCCGCUUUUGUCGUCAUCCUUGCAAUUUCCCCGGGCGCGAUUGAGAAGUAGACGACGAAUCACCUUUAUCUCUUUACUAGCCCCAGCCUAUCAUCGUUUGUGAUACUCCCGCUUGUUGCAUUGUUAAUAGCGUAUUCUGUCUACCUUUUUGUUUCUACCUUUGGUUCAUCGAUUGUUAGAGCUGGCAAGUGUGUUUUUAUUUGGAAUAUCUGUACAAGCAAGUUAGAUACCGCACUGUAUGGAAAUGCAGGAGAAAUUUGAGAUGAAAACAACUCGGAAUAAUCAAUGAAAUGCG